AUGUCUUCGGCCGUGAAGAGGGCCUGCGACGCCUGUCAUCGCCGAAAAGUCAAGUGCGAUGGCUGCAAUCCUUGCCGCAACUGCGGCUCAGCUAGCUUGGGAUGCACAUACAAUGCCAUUCCACAAAAGAAGGGUCCCAAGGGAUCCAGAGCCAAGGUCAUCAGCGAGCUUCGCGAAACACAACGAGCCACCAGCCUGGCGGCAAAAGUUCAGAGCCGUCUGAACAACGUCCCCCCUCCGCCGGGCCCUCCUUCGCUCCAAGCGAAUCCCGGCAUCUUGGCCCCCGAGCUCGUCAAGGAGAGCAUCGACUUCUUCUUCACACACAUGUACACCAUCAUGCCGAUAUUGAGCCGCCAGAGACUGGAGCAGCAGGCCAUGUAUAUGGAGCAGGACCUAACCACCUACUGCAUGAUUGCAUCUCUUAGUGCUUUCAUGCUUCUGCAGCCGGGAUUCCACGUUCCUAGCAACGACCCGCUAUUUGAAAUUCCUGGAGCCAACAUUGCAUCGAGCCAGCUCUUGAUGGAAGAAGCAAUGCGAGUGCGCAAGGGCCUCGACUAUAUCGGUUCCGCCAACCUUAAUAGUCUUUGCACGAGCUACUUUCUGUUCUGCUCCUACUACGCCCUGGAGCAGCACGACCAAGCCUGGUUCCAUUUGCGCGAGGCUACCACGAUUGCCCACAUGAUGGGGCUGACAACUGAGGAGCAGUAUCUGCGAUAUGAACCAGUCGAGUCAUCAAGAUAUCGCCGUCUCUAUUGGCAGUUGUUUAUCUCGGAACGUUCAUACACUUUGAAGUAUGGCCGACCCAUGUCUCUCCCGUUGAUCAACAAAACCAGGACUGCCGAUGACCCAAGCGAUCCUCUGGCCCACCAAUUGAACAACCAUAUUCUUCUCAUCAACAUCUUCGAGUACUUUGAUGACACGUUCAUGAUGCUUUGGAACAAGACCCGCAAGGAGGUGACGCCCCAACACCUAGCCUUCCUGCAAAAGCGACUCUCUGAAAUUCAGUUGCCGUAUGGUAUGGACGACCUCAACGCAAAUCAGUCAUGGUUGAAGACGGUGGCUUGGCACCUCAGCCAGCAGCCUGGCAUGUCGCCCGGCAGCGAUGACAUGACUUAUGCGUUCCCUCCGGGAAUGUCGGGAGACCUGACGACAAUCGCAUCACAACUGUCUCCCCAGAGCACAGAUCUCUUGGGCGGCGUGCCCAUGGCUGCCAAGCUGCUAGACCUCACCUGCAACAUGGCAGAUGUACUGAGCAUGAUGCCGAAUUCAGGUGAUCCUUUCAGUGUUUACUCACCCCAGCAGCAGCUCAACUCGCUCCUGCACAUGGUAUCAGUUGUGCGCGGUGGCGAGUAUUCACUACUGCCGCUCCUCCUUCUCAAGGUUCAUGAGACUUUACCGCGCCUCGCCAACCCAAUUCUUCAGCGUGUCCCUGACAACAUCAACCCCUUGAACAACUUUGACAUGUUUGACGGAUUCGGCACUGCCGGCAUGGCCCAACCUCCAGUAUUGACUGAUUUCAAGACUGAGCAACAAUAUAAGCCGGAAUCGUUUGCUCCCGCACCAGUUCCUCGGGCUGACGAGAUGGUCAAUGAUGCUGCAAGUUCAAACGGGGCAAUCACCAACCCCGACAUAAGCACCCCAUUCACAAUGGCGGCCAGCUCACCCACAAUCAUGUCGCCGGGCAAUGUCGAAUUCCCACAACACAUGACUGAUUACAAUUCGAUCCCUGACAUGAUGGGUACCAUGGGAGCAAAUCAGCAGCAACAGCUGUCGCAUCAGCAACAGCAACAACAUCAAAAUUUUCAGCAACAGCAAGGACUGCAGCAGCAAGCAUUUCCCCACCAUGCCAUGCACGGUCAAAUGCAGAACUCGAUGCACACUCAGCUUGGGCAACAAAUGGGCCAGCAAGGCAUGACCGGGAUCAACCAGCAGCAGGGCACCGGUCACGGGCAAGGCUUUAACAUGAACGGCGGAAUGGCGCAGAAUCUCAUGAGCAACAUCCUGCAUCGUACAUCACCGCCGAGAGCAAACAGCUUCAAUGCCAUGCACCAACAAGCGCAACAACAGCAACCGGCGCCUCAAUACGGACUACAGCGGACAACAUCGGACCAUGUUUCCAUGAACAACCUGGGUAUGAACUCGAUGGGUACUGGUAUGGACUUUUGA